UAGACCAGAGCGGGUAAUCACACUAUAUAUAUUUGCGAAUGCCGGAGAUGAAAAGACGGCGUGACGACGGCGAAGAAGAAAUGGAGAUUGUCUGGCAGUCGCCGGCCAACCCGCCGGAGCGCCAAGAUUAUAUCUUCCAAGAUGGCGUACGAUAUGUGAAGCCUUAUUACUUCGAGUUUAUCUCUCACGUCAAGAAUCGAUGGGCAGGAAAGUCUAUUGUUGACCUUUUUGCUGAUGAAUUCAAGGGGAGGCCUUAUGAUUACUAUGUUUCUGCUGUUAAAUCUGGACGAAUACAAGUAGAUGGUGAAUUAGUGCCUGUUUCGUACAUAGUCAAGUCAUCUCAAAAGAUAAGCCAUUUCCUGCACAGGCAUGAACCACCAGUGAUGGCAUUGGAUGUUAAUGUUUUGCACAAGGAUUCUGAUGUACUGACCAUUUGCAAGCCUGCCUCUGUUCCUGUGCACCCAUGUGGUCAGUAUCGCAAAAAUACAGUUGUUGGCAUCCUUCAGGCAGAACAUGAUUUGGCACCUCUGUUUCCUAUUCAUCGACUGGACCGCUUGGUUUCUGGGCUCCUUAUCUUGGCAAGAAAUGCUUCCAAGGCAGAUGUUUUCAGACAGCAGAUUGAAGCUGGUAUGGUGCAUAAACAGUACAUUGCAAAGGUUAUAGGUGUAUUUCCAGAUGUUGAGCAGGUUGUGAAUGCAAACAUAAAUUAUAAUGCUCGGGAAGGAAGGAGCACAGUAGAGGUGCCUUCAUCUGGCAAUAGUGAUAGUCCACUGAAAGGCAAAACUGCGUGUACAAAAUUUAAAAGAAUUAGCACAAAUGGUGUUCAUAGCAUUGUUUCAUGCGAACCAGUCACAGGAAGAACUCAUCAAAUUCGAGUUCAUUUGCAACAUACGGGUCAUCCAAUAGCCAACGAUUUGCUCUACCUGUCGAAUUUUGUUGCAAAUCGGUCUAGUGCUGAUAGGACUGGGGUAAACAACACUAAUAACAUGAAAUCUGAUGAAUCUGUUGAGAAAUCUGAGGAAGAAGAUUUCAGUAUUGAUCCUAUGUGUACCAAUUGUCCAAAUUUGGCCCCAAAAGGGUAUGACAUACAUGAAGAGGGUCUAUGGCUGCAUUGUGUUAGAUACACAGGCCCUGAUUGGGAUUAUGAAUGCCCUUACCCAAAUUGGGCAUGCUUCUAAAAGAUUAUUUAAUGUGUUAUUUCACUUACCACCUAUUUAAAUGCAUAACAAAUAAUAUAUUGUACUCAAUAUUUUCAAGAAUUCAUCAACCACAUUAACAUAAAGCAAAACAAAAGAAAUAAUAU